GUGAUUUUUGAUAAAAGAUAACAAUGAAAAUAAUUAUGAAAUAAAUUAUUAUUUUACAUUAUUCCUUAUUUUAUGAAUAUUAGUUAUUUCAGUAUUGUUAGAAUUUACUUUGCGUAAGUUUGGAAGUACUAAAAUGUUAGGGGGAGUAAGACUUAAAGUCUCUUUUACUCAUGAAAGGUCGUGCUUUGCAUAUAUUAGUCCAAAAUAUAGUUCGAAGAAUGAACAGAACCAAUGUGUCCAAGUCCUGUGUAAAGACAAGCAAGUGCUACUAUGGGUGGUAUACAGCAGCAACAUUCCUGAAGGCCAGAUAGCCUGCAACCCCAUCUUUAGCAGGCUGGUGGGUUUGGAUGAAGGAGCUGACGUGUUUGUGUCUCCUUAUGGCGAUGUCAAGGUGCUUGAUGAGUUGUACGUGGACACUGACAGCCCUGAUGACCAGGAGAUCUUGGAGCACAACACUGAGCUGUUACAGUUACGCAUUUUAGACCAACUAAGAGUAGUGGUUGCAAACCAGAAAGCCAUUGUGUGGAUAUCUACGUCCUUACCUAUAAUAUUCACCGCAAAACAAACAGGAUUACUUGUCAAUCACAGUAGAAUUGUUGUUAAAGUUGACGCUUUUAACACUGUAAGAGGAAUGCAAAGAACUCCAGCCAUAGUUCCCGAAGAAAAGGAAACAAAAUUCAAAAAUAUAGGAAUCAUUAACAGUGGGAUGCUAAGGCCUUAUCAAAACGUACCUAAGAAGUUAGUACUAAGAGCAAUACCUAUUGAUAGUGAUGGAAAAAGGAAUCUUAUACAUCCAUACACUGUUUUCGUACAUGAAGAUUUAUUAGAGGAUUUUAAAGAUUUAGCAGUGAUUUUAGCAACAAUGAAAAAUAUACCAUCAAUCAUUCAUGAUAAAGAUGAAGAUGACACUGAGAACAACAAUAAUGAAAUCAAUGAUUUAUGUGUGGAAAUAGUUCCUAUAGAUCAAGUUAUAUUCAGAAGUUUAUGUCGUGAAGUAUAUAAUAAAAAUAUACCAACAGUACUCAUAAUAAAAUCACUGAAUCAAAUAGUAAAUGUUGAACUUGGUUCUAAGAUGAUCCUGACUAUUAUUGGUGAUAAAUUGGAACAACCAGACCAUAUAGACAUUGUCACAUAUUCAGAGCAAACACAAGCAGAAAUAGACGUUAUAGAGAAAUUCAAAAACUGCGUGAUAGAGAACACUCAUUCAGGCAAGCAGCUGCUUAUAAACCACAAUAUGGUGAAACAGAAUCUGCAAAUAAGUCCAGGUUUUAUACAAUUUAAAUUGAAGCCUGAUAAAUUCAAAUAUACGAUGCUUAAUUCAGAAUCUUUUAGACAUUGUACUAUAUCAGCUAAAUGCCUUAGCGACGCAGAUUUAGAACUCCCGAAACAUGUAAUGUCGAAUCUAGAUUAUGACUAUAAAAAUUACUGCAGAGGAAUGAAAUCAGUAGAAUCCCUAGCAGAGAAAGUGGUAUCGCAUUUGUACUUUGAAAUUCACAGAGAAGCAAACUUUAAAGGGGUGUCGGAAAUUAAGAGCAACGUUUUGGUGACUGGUCUAAGUGGAACAGGCAAAUCUUCCUUGUGCCAUAUAGUCCAAAAAGAGCUGACAGUUUGGUCUCACAUCCUGCACUGUCGGUCUCUGAAGGGUCGGAAGGAUAUUCCCGAAGUGUUGGGCAAAGCAAUCCUGAUGUGUCAAGAGCAUAGCCCAGCGGUACUCAUCUGUGAUGAUGUAGAUGGUCUUGUUCCUCCUAACGUAGAGGGAGCUUCGCCACAAGAUAUUGCUUACUAUCAAAGAUUAGCAGUAGUAAUAAAGCAUCUCCUUCAAACGUGUUCAGGAGUAUGCGUACUCAUGACGGCACUCAGCAUGAACGCACUACACCCUACGCUGAGGCAGUUCAGUGGAAAACCGAUGUUCACCGCGCAUUUUGAUAUUCCUGAACUUGGUCAGGAAGAAAGGUCAGAAUUAUUCAAGCACCUAUUAAACGAUAAGAUCCGAGAAGAGUUCGAGGUGUUGGAUGAUGACGUCAUCAAGAUGGCGAUGGACACGGCUGGCCACAGCGUGAGAGAUAUCACUGACUAUCUCAAUAAGAAGAUAUUUAAAGCUGUCAAGGAAAAAAAGGCGAAUCUCGACACAAAGCCUAGACUAGUAGAAGACGUGACCAAAGAUAAGGAGAAAGCGAAUGAGUUCGACAUCUGGGGCCCGGUGGGCGGGCUACACGAAGUCAAAGAAGAACUCACUGAAUGCAUAUUUUGGCCGAUUAUGUAUCCAGCGUUAUUUCCGUCACAAUCGUGCGGCAUCCUUCUCUACGGGCCGCCGGGUUGUGGGAAGUCCCAUAUCGGAUCCUGUCUUGCCCGGCUCACCAAUAUGAACCUCAUCACCGUCAAAGGGCCUGAGCUGCUAUCCAAAUAUAUAGGCCAGAGUGAGAAGGCUGUUCGGGACGUUUUCGACAAGGCUGAUAUGAAGCGACCGUGCAUUCUAUUCUUUGACGAAUUCGACAGCCUUGCCCCCAAACGAGGUCACGAUUCUACAGGGGUGACAGACCGCGUUGUGAACCAACUACUGGCUCGUAUGGACGGCGCGGAGGGAGGGGCGCGGGGACCCGUGGUCGCAGCCACUUCCAGACCGGACUUAGUGGACCCAGCCUUACUUAGACCUGGGCGGUUGCAGAGACAUAUCUACUGCGCUUUGCCUGAUCAGACCGGGCGAUACGAGGUCCUGCAGACUUUGUCCAAGAGCGUGGUGAUAGAAGAACAAGUGGACUUGCAUGAGCUAGCAACAGUCACGGAGGGAUACUCACCAGCCGAUCUCAAGUCAUUGCUGGUCACCGCGCAGUUGACCAGGCUUGAGAAGCAACUAGAUUACAGUGAAGACAAAACAAUGGAUUCAGUAGUGGUGUACAGAGAAGACAUACGCAGUGCCUUAGAGGAAACCAAGCCUUCACUUUCAAUUGAGCAGAGGCGGUUUUACGAUAUGAUAUACAAAAGAUUCAGAGGAGAGAGCCUGACGACAGAACAAAGAUCGAUGGCGAUGCAGAUACAGAAGCAAAGAGUGACAUUAGCGUAGAGUUAGACAGCUUUCAUAAGACUAGUAGUAAGCUUCAAGCUUUCUGGUGCUACGUAGGUGAUAAAAUGAUGCUAAAUAUUUAUUGACAUUUGUAACGUUCAGGAGUGGAUCAUGUAUGUGGAGUGCAGUGCAUCAGGGGGUGUUUCCAGUUCGUCCGAUCGGUCGACUCGACAAUCGGCCCAAUGGGAUUUCUUUUUGAUUUUUCCUUUUUAACUGACGAGUGUUGGAUUAGUAUGGCGAAUGGGAAAAAUAGUCUCACUAGACCGAUUGAUUGGUCGAAUAAUCGGUCGAACGGGAAACAUCCUUUCCCAUUUCAUAGAUUAGAAUGCUAAACGAGAAAAAGUCUCAAUGGAUCGAUUGAUCAGUCGAACGGGAAACACCCAAUCAGGGUGGCUGGUAUCCAAAUUGAUCCGACGCGGUCAAACCCGGUAGGUAGGUUGCAAAGGUUUACAAUAAGGAUUUUAAAAAGACAAAUCUUGCUAUGUCACAUGCUGUGUCGCGAUACACUUUCUUUUAAGAGGUAAACUAUCUACCAAGGGCUUCGAUUUGAUAUUUGAAAUAAAUCACGAAAUGAUAUAAUUAAAGUAAAAGCAAAGGUAUAAUAGCCAUAUAGGUAAUAAUAAGUUAAAAUAAGCGCGCACAAUUAGCUAAUAUUUGUAUAUUUUGAUUUUGUUGCUAUUUUUGUACUUAUUAGAUCGGAAUUCGAUUUUAUUUAUUGUUACGGCAUUAAAAUGGGUGAAUAAAUAUCUGUUUGUUUGUUGUGUA